UUUUAAAAACAAGUCAACAUUUGUGAUCACAGAACAAAAAACAAGAACUAACAAUGCAAGUCGGCAGUCAGUACGGAAAUCUGGGAGGAUCUCAAGCGGAGUUCUUGGCCUUGGAGCCGUAUGGAUCGUACGGCUCUGGCGAUCCCGAGGGCCAGCCGAAGAACAUAGGAUUCAACGAUGGCAGCAUCCGACGGGGAUUCAUCCGCAAGGUGUACCUUAUACUGAUGGCCCAACUGGUGGCCACCUUCGGGGCCGUGUCGAUCUUCAUAUUCAACGAUAAUGUCAAGAUGUACGCCCUGCAGAAUAGGUGGGUCUUCAUUGUGGCCCUGUUUUUGAUGCUGGCCACGCUGCUGGGGCUGGUGUGCAGCGAGAGUCUACGCCGCCAGACACCGAUGAACUUCAUCUUCCUGGGGGGCUUCACCGUGGCCCAGUCCCUGCUGCUGGGCGUGUCGGCCUGUCGCUUUGCUCCCACGGAGGUCCUGAUUGCCGUGGGAAUCACGGCAGCCGUCUGCCUGGCCCUCACGCUGUUCGCUAUGCAGACAAAGUACGACUUUACCAUGAUGGGAGGCCUCCUCAUCACACUGCUGGUGAUCCUCCUGAUCUUUGGGCUUGUGGCUGUGUUUGUGGGUGGCAGCAUGCUCACCCUCAUCUAUGCUUCGGUCAGCGCCUUUCUGUUCUCCAUGUACCUGAUCUACGACACACAGCUGAUGAUGGGUGGCGGCCACCGUUACUCGAUCAGCCCCGAAGAGUACAUAUUUGCGGCCUUGAACCUUUACUUGGAUAUAAUUAACAUAUUCAUGGACAUUCUGGCCAUAAUUGGAAGGUCGGACAACUAGCAGAACAAUCAUCCGUUAACUGCAAACUGUUUAAAUAUGCUGCAUACUUUCAGGCUUCACUUUGAUAACCAACUCUCAUAUAAUUUGUUGAUUGCGCUCACAGACCAAUAAAUCAAAUU